GGACGGAUGGUCACUCUGGUUUUGUUCCUGGAGAAGAUCGUGUUGUUCUUUCGUUUCUGAUUAGAGCGUGAAGACUAUCCGUUCUUAGAAUGCCUGAGCCUGCCAAGUCUGCUCCUGCGCCCAAGAAGGGAUCUAAGAAAGCCGUCACCAAAACCCAGAAAAAGGGCGAUAAGAAGCGCCGUAAGAGCAGGAAGGAGAGUUACUCUAUCUACGUGUACAAGGUUCUGAAGCAAGUUCAUCCCGAUACCGGUAUCUCUUCGAAGGCAAUGGGUAUCAUGAAUUCUUUCGUGAAUGACAUCUUUGAGCGUAUUGCUGGGGAGGCUUCCCGCUUGGCUCACUACAACAAGCGCUCGACCAUCACUUCGCGGGAGAUCCAGACUGCUGUGCGUCUCUUGCUACCCGGGGAACUAGCCAAACAUGCUGUAUCGGAGGGUACAAAGGCUGUCACCAAAUACACCAGUUCCAAGUGAGCAGAUUGCUGCUUGGUGAAGAAACCCAAAGGCUCUUUUAAGAGCCACCCACUUUCUCAUAAAAGAGCAUUUCUCACUACGUGUUGAGGUUCUAACAAAUUGUAUUAGCUAUCAAGUGAUAUAAAUUGCAAACUUUAUUUUUAAAGUUAUAUUUAUUUAUAUCUGAUUUUUUCUGAGUAAAAAGCUUUGGUUUCAAUACUUGCUGCUUCUUUUGUAAAACAGGGUUGUGCUAAAAGCAAUUUUGUUUUUCAAACUUGUCUGUUAAGCACAAUGAGAUACUGUACUUUGAGAGCGUCCCUGGAUGAAGACCAGUAAAGAGACUAAUUUGUUUUGUUAAAUUUAUAUACUGCCUUCCAUUAAAAACAAUCCUAAGGCGGUUGCAGCAAUGAAAUACUGCAAAAGUUUUUGGUGAAGAGUGCAAUGAGUCAGUUACAGUUGUUAUUGUAACACAGUUAUACAGAAGUCCUAGCUAGGCUUGCAGACCUUACUGCUUCUCAGUUACAGCUUGUAGAACAGGUUCAGGGAUUGUCUGUUACUGAAGUCAAACUUUUUAUGUUUUGUACUAAUCAAUCUUAUUUGGUAUAGUCUUGUAGCUAAGACAUUCAUAAACACAUUCUCACACUUGGA